AUGAUUCGUCUUUCUCGCCCUUUUUCAACGAACAUUAACGUUCUACGUUGUAUUCCUCAUCGGAACGUACAUUCUGGACCAACAAUUGUCGAUCCGGCGUCCUCAUCUGCACCUCAAACGUCUACCGAAAUUUCGCUUUCGCACCCAAGAGAUACGACCUCUUCGUCAUCUUCCGAGCUAGGUUCAAGUGCCAGUCAAGCCUCGAAAAAUGAACCUUAUUUCGAUGGUGCCGUCCCUCCAAUUACAGGUGUUCCGUCAACUCUUCUGGAUGGACACUCCAUGAAGAGCCCCACCUACACAAGUCCUCCAUUUCAUACCCAUACAUUCUUCACUGCUCUGGAAAAGACGUUCCCAGAACCUACAGCUAGAAGUCUCAUGCGGGCAACGCGGGCGUUGCUUGUGGACCGCAUUGGGAGAGUGCGGAGGGAGGGUUUGACGGUUAAGGAUUUGGACAAUCAAGCAUAUCUAUUUCGAGCCGCAUUAUCAGAACUACGUGGGGAGAUCACCAUGAGCACGAAGAAUGAUUCGGCUGCUAUUCGGGCAGCCACCGCUGCUCUACGCCGAGAGGUGGACCGGUUAGAUGUUAAGAUGAAGGAGGACAUCGGGAAUCUCAAGCAUGAAAUUCAAAUGGAGCUUGACAGCAGGAAGAACGAGGCCAAGGCUGAUCUCAAGCAACAAGAUAUAUCCAUCGAAGAGCUUCUCAAUAAAGCUGUUGUGAAUAUCAGCGACCUGCGUACUGACGUCGAGGAAAUCAAAUGGGACAACAUGCGAAAGGCUGUUUUGACGCUCUCUGCUUUUGUCUUGGUGAUCGUUAUCACAAUGGAGAUCCAACCCAAGAAGAAAGCAAACGCUCCUCCACCUCCUCCUCGUCGUCCAGAUGUCAGCAUACCUACGGAGGGACUGGAACGGACAGAAUGGGUCACCUAA